AUGUGGUGUAAUAAUCCGGGUGUCAUCAUCAUCUUCUUUCUGGGACAGACUUUCAACCUGUGCCAGGGCAUAGUGAAUCCCUCGAAUGAGACGGCCAACACGGUGAUCUUCAUGCUGCCCGAAAAAGACUUGGGACCCGAUGUGUGGCAGGCCGGAGUGAGCUGCCUCGAUAGCUUCGCCCAAAUCUUCUUCUUUCGCAAGCCGACGGAGCGCUUCACCAGAGCCUAUAACUUGAUGCUGACGCACGCCUUCAAUCUGUCCAGUCCGGCGGAUCAGAUCCAGGAGGGAUUCAGCAAGCUGAUCAACGAAGCAGUAACGAAUCCAGGUCCGCCGGACAGGGAGGAACUCUUCCAGAUGCGCGUGGCCAGUGAUUACAACAUCACGUAUAGGACGAAAGACCAGGGAGAGCUGAUCCUAGCGGACAAUUAUGUGAUAGUGGUGGACUCGGUGAAUCGAUUAAAAGAGCUAAUGGCGAAAAAAAUAGCCAAAAUGCGAUCCUGGAAUCCAGGAGCGCGUUUUCUGGUGCUCUUUCAUAAUGCUUCUUGUCGGAAUUAUCCUCUUCGCGUAGCCUCCAGUAUUUUCAAGGACCUCAUGGAAAUGUUUUACGUGCACCGAGUUGCUCUUCUCUAUGCCAACUCCUCCAUGAACUACAAUCUGCUGGUCAAUGAUUACUACAGCAAUGUAAACUGCAGAAUUCUGAAUGUCCAGAGCGUGGGCCAGUGCCACGAUGGCCAACUUUACCCCAAUAAUGCUGUCGUAAAGGCCUCCAUGCAGGACUACGUAUCAGGCUUCAGUCCCAGGAACUGCACCUUUUUUGCCUGCUCCUCCAUCUCUGCUCCCUUUGUGGAGGCCGACUGUAUCCUGGGACUGGAGAUGAGGAUCCUGGGGUUCAUGAAAAAUCGACUGAAAUUCGAUGUAAACCAAACCUGCAGCCUGGAGUCGCGUGGUGAAAUGAAUGGCCCAGCUAACUGGACUGGCUUACUGGGGAAAGUCCAGAACAACGAGUGCGACUUUGUCUUCGGCGGCUAUUAUCCGGACAACGAGGUGGCGGACCACUUCUGGGGAUCCGAUACCUAUCUGCAGGAUGCGCACACCUGGUACAUAAAAAUGGCCGACAGAAGACCCGCCUGGCAGGCGAUGGUGGGCAUCUUCGAAGCCUACACCUGGAUUGGAUUUAUCCUGAUCCUAAUAAUCUGCUGGCUCUUCUGGUUCGCCCUGGUCAAGAUUCUUCCGGAGCCGAAGUACUACCAACAGUUGAGUCUGACUGCCAUUAAUGCCCUGGCCGUAUCCAUAUCGAUAGCCGUCCAAGAGCGACCCAUUUGCGAGACGACGAGGCUGUUCUUCAUGGCCCUGACCCUGUACGGCCUGAACGUGGUGGCUACGUACACGUCCAAGAUGAUAGCCACCUUCCAGGAUCCCGGCUACCUUCACCAGCUGGACGAGCUGACGGAGGUGGUGGCCGCGGGUAUUCCCUUCGGUGGCCACGAGGAGAGUCGCGACUGGUUCGAGAACGACGACGACAUGUGGAUCUUCAACGGAUACAACAUCUCGCCGGAGUUCAUUCCGCAAUCGAUGAACCUGGAGUCGGUAAAGUGGGGCCAGCGGUGCAUCCUGAGCAACCGGAUGUACACGAUGCAGAGUCCCCUGGCGGAUGUCAUAUACGCCUUUCCCUACAACGUCUUUAGCAGUCCGCUGCAGAUGAUCAUGAAGGCGGGAUUCCCCUUCCUCUUCGAGAUGAACAGCAUCAUCCGCCUCAUGCGCGACGUGGGCAUCUUCCAGAAGAUCGACGCGGACUUCAGGUACAACAACACGUACCUCAACCGGAUCAACAAGAUGCGUCCCCAGUUCCCGGACACGGCCAUCGUCCUGACCACCGAGCACCUGAAGGGACCCUUCUUCAUCCUGGUGGUGGGCAGCUGCUGCGCCGCCCUCACGUUCCUCGGCGAGCUAAUGAUCCACAGCUGGCGAACCCAGCUGGACAGCACGAGCGAACAGCAGGACAGGAGGAGGGCCAGGAGGCGGAGGAGGAGGAGGAAGGCAGCAAAGGACAACCGCUGGCAGCGCCAAGUUCAAGUGGCUCCAGUCGUUCGAUUUACGCCAGUCAAACGACGCAAAGUUUUCCAGGGACAAACAAGUCAAAAGUAAACUAACCCAAACUA